AUGUCAGAAAUCUCAAACCCUCCCGUUGAGACUAAACGACCUCCUUCUAUCACUGCUUCGGAUGUCGUAAUGGCCGAUUCCCUUGAGAAAAGUGUUGAAGACAUUAGUGAACAGGAUCAUAAACACAAGCAUGGCAAACGCUCCAAGAAAGGCCAUGAUUCCGCUGGUCAAUCGCAGAAUCUAAAGCACAAAAAGAAACAGAAGAAUAAGAUGGCUGAGAUAAAAGUUACUGAUCAGCAACACGUCAUGUUUUUGCUGGGCGAGCAGCAUGCUGAAGAGGAGCCGCACCAAUCGCCAGCUUUCGUCGAAUUAGAUGAGCUCUACACUGACCCAACCUCUGCAAAUCCACCAGAAUGGCGGGAAGUUGCA